CACUCCACACAGUGCAGUAAAUUGAAGAGACAGAGACAGACACACAGAGAUGGGGAAUUGGGGUCUGUGUCUGUCCAUGUCCAUCUCCCUCAUCUCCUGGUCCUUCCUCCUCCUCUGCUGUCUGUCCAGUCCUACCCAUAACCCCCUGUCCCCUGCUGACCUGGAGGACUUAAAGGCCGUCCCAGCAGAGGUCAUCAUCCACAGCUCUCCCUGCAGCACCACCUGCGGUCUGGGCCUGCGCACGCAGGAGCUGUGCCCACUGAGAGAGGGCCAGGUUGGGGAGGAGAAGGACUGCCACGUCCGGAAGGUCAGCUGUGUGGACUCCUGGCAGUGUGGUCUUCAGACCGUCACUGUGCCAGCUGGUCAGCGGUUAGAGCUGGACUGUCUGGGUGAGGUGAUGGAGGCCAUGGGUCGCUUCUCAUUCCGGGUAUCGUGGCGCUACGCCCGGGGGGUGGUGACCACCGACGACUCUCUGCUAGGGCGCUGGGACGCCCCCAGGCUAGACCGGCUGGUCCUGGACCCGGUGAGGGAGGAGGACGCUGGGACAUACCGCUGUGAUGUACAGGACACUGCUUACCGAAGGGUCAAGAGACUCUACCUGGGGCUCAAGGUGCUCCCCGCUGAGGCUCUGAGACUGGACUUCCCCUCUGCUCUGGCUCGGUGGGACCGCGGGGACGAGGGUUCCCAUGGCAACGUCAUCGUGGUGAAAGAUGGUGAGGACCUGUAUGGCAGCACAGCCACCAAGGACAUCGUGUUGAAAGGCUUCUGGGUCGCAGGGGUCACGGUGGCAGUCUUCUUCUUGGGUAUUGUAGCAAGAUGUACUACAUUACCCAUAAUGCUCUGUGUGUGCAGGAAAUACGCCCUGGCCCGUGUCUGCAUGUGCCGCCUCAAGAGUUCGCCUCUCCCCGCCCCUAACAGAAGCCCUUUCUCCAUUAAUACCAUCACCCCACCAGCAGGUGGCACUGUCCGCCCCGUGUGUACUGCUGCUGACGGAUACAAAUAAAUGGCUUGUGGGCUACUACAGUGCACAAAACAA